CUAAGUACCAAAUGCAUGGUUCCCAUCAAUGCUCCUGCAGCGACCGGAAUUCGGCGUGCCAUUACACACUUAUUACAAAAAAAACCUCUUAUUAGCAGCCCUGCCUGAGCGGUUUGUUGACAAAAAUCCACAGAGACAUGCCUCCCUUGAGAAACUCAAGUCCUGGGACAAGAAACACCGGAAUUCAGCAUGAAAAUCUUAACGUGGAACGUCAACGGGUUGCGGUCACUCAAGGGGGAUCUCGCAGUCAUGUUAGACGACUUGUCGGCUGACAUCGUUUGCUUUCAAGAGACCAAAAUCACCCGUGACAUGUUGGAAGAGCCCUUGGCUUUGGUUCAGGGCUGGUCUUCCUAUUUCGCCUUCUCACGCAAACGCACAGGCUAUUCGGGCGUGGCCACCUUCUGUCGGACCCACGUCACGCCCAUUGACGCCCAAGAAGGCCUCACUUACCCUUCAGCCGACCUUCCGGAUCUCGCAACCGAAUUCUCAUCCGCUGAACUCAAGGAUUUGGAGGCUGAAGGCCGAGCCGUGGUCACCGUUCAUCAAUUACAUGAUGAUCGGACAUUGGCACUUUUCAAUUUAUAUUGUCCCCGAGCUGAUCCUGAAAGAGCCGAUAGGUUGGCUUUUAAGUACAACUUCUAUAAACUAGUCGAGCUCCGGGCUCAUCAUCAUUUACGGCAAGGUCAUCACGUCCUCAUUGUGGGCGAUGUGAAUACGUCCCACCGAAGUCUAGAUCAUUGCGAUCCCUACGAGGAAUUCGAAAUGCAUCCAGGUCGUCAAUGGUUGGAUCAUUUACUCUUCCCACCUAAUCCUAAGACUCGUAACACCCCUGUUCAGGUCUCCGAGGACGAAGAGCAACCUUGGGCGUGCCUUAAUGUUCAACUGGAACCCCAUCAAUUCGUCGACACAUUUCGACACUUUCACCCGGAGCGAGCGAACGCUUUCACGUGUUGGAAUACCAAAAUGAACUGUCGAUCCACCAAUUAUGGCACAAGAAUCGAUUACAUACUGGCCGAUCGGGGUUUAAUCCCACAUUUGGGACAGUGUGAUAUCCAUCCAGAAAUCGAAGGCAGUGAUCACUGCCCAGUGAAAUGUGAAUUGAAUGUGACCGUGGUGCCAUCACCCAAACUUCCGAAAUCCUGAACCAAGAACUUUCCAGAAUUUGCUGGACAGCAACAGAAACUUUCACAGUUCCUACAGGUCCGCUCAAAACGGUCAAUAGGAGUGGAUGAGCCCGCUGUGCCGCCAAAAAAGGUGAAAGUCGAGAAGCCCACUCAAAAGACACUACAUUCCUUCUUUCAAAAAACUGUCAAAGAAACCAAAAUCGUAUUAGAAACCCACCCGUCCAGCAGCCCUGAACCCGUGGUUCAAGUUCAAGAAUGGGUGGAGCAACGCACAAGUUCCUCUGCUUUGGCGUGGAAAGCCUUAUUUAAGGGCCCCCCACCCGCCCCACAAUGUAAAGGACACAAUGAAAAGGCCAUUCUCCGCACCGUCAAAAAGAAAGGCCCAAAUGCCGGUCGACAGUUCUGGUGUUGCGGACGCGGUGAGGGCAAAGCUGAUGACCCCCAAGCCCGAUGUGACUUCUUUAAAUGGGUCAAAUGACCCUUUGUGGGUAAAUUUUACUUUGAUGUUUUGUAAUAGACUGACGUACAAAACCAUAACAAGAUGCUAAUUUUUCUAUGAAA